UAUAUACUUUUUGUAAUGCAGCAUAACAUGCUUAUGACAGCUACAAAAGCAAAAGAUUGUACUACUUCUACAUUACUUGAGCUUUUCACUGAGAUGAAGAAUCAAACCAACACAGAUUCCAUCAAUUUUCCACCACCAAGAUCUCCAUCAUCCCAAUUCUCCUCUGAAUGCUGGUUUGAUGAUGCAUGCAUCCUUGACAUGGACUACUUUGUCAAGACCCUUUCCGGAAUCAAAGCGAAAGGCGUCCGGGCCGACUUGAUUGGUUCCAUAAUCACACAUUACGCCUCCAAAUGGCUACCUGACCUCUCUGCAGGUGACUUGGCCGAAAAAGGCCUUACGCAAUUCGAGGAAUCACCAGAGAGCGUCACAGCUUCUUGGAUGAAGAAGAGGUUCUUUGUGGAAACAUUGGUGGGAGUUCUGCCUCCUGAGAAGGAUGCAAUCCCCUGCAACUUCCUCCUUCGGCUUCUCCGAACGGCGAACAUGGUUGGUGUUGAGGCUAGUUAUAGACACGAGCUUGAGAGGCGGAUUUCAUGGCAGCUUGACCAAGCUUCAUUGAGAGAGCUUGUGAUUCCAUCAUUCAGCCACACUUGUGGAACUCUUUUGGAUGUUGAGCUUGUUAUUAGGCUUGUUAAGAGGUUUGUGGGUUUGGAUAGUGAGGGAGCCAAGAGUGGUGCUGCUCUUGUUAAGGUGGCUAAGUUGGUUGACUGCUACCUCGCCGAGGCUGCUGUCGAUGCGAAUUUGAGCUUGUCCGAGUUUGUCACUCUUGCAGGAGCUCUUCCAAGCCAUGCUAGAGCAACAGAUGAUGGAUUGUACAGAGCCAUUGACACUUAUCUUAAAGCACAUCCAAGUGUGUCCAAGGAAGAUAGGAAGGGUUUGUGUAGGCUUAUUGAUAGCCGGAAACUCACGCCGGAGGCGUCGCUUCACGCGGCUCAAAAUGAAAGGUUCCCUGUGAGAGCUGUGAUUCAGGUGCUCCUGUCCGAGCAAACUAAAUUGAACCGGAAUCUAGAUUGGAGUGGCUCCUUGAUCAGCAGCACUAGGAGCCCAAAUGGCGUGCUAGACGCAUGUCUUUCGAAGCGCGAGAUGAAUGCUCAACACAUGGAGAUAAGGAAGCUCAAGGAAGAGCUGUAUAGGGUGCAAAGCCAGUGCAAUGCAAUGCAGGUACAAAUGGAGAGGAUGGUUGAAAAGAAGAAAGGGUUCUUCAAGUGGAUGAGAUUUGGGGUGAUGCCUAAUGCAUUUGGAAGCAAAGGGUUUGGAGGAGUGGAGAAAAUUGAUGAAGUUGUUGAAGGAGAAGUUGGAUUUGGAAGGCAAACACCAAUGGACAUCAAAACCAAGUUGGUCAAAGGUAGGACUCCUCACAAGUGGAGGAAAUCCUUGUCUUGAGACAACACUUUCCAUGGUUUGUGGAAGAAAUGAAAUUCUUAGAUGCUUAUGGAUUAAGAAUUUUUUUUUAAAAAAAAUAUAUAAUAUAGAAUGAAUGAUUUAGAAUUUCUUUUGUUUAGUUGUAUUAUUAAGCAAGUUAUAAUGUUGUGUAAGUUAAUAAUGCAAUGGCAAAUGUGUAAUUAGGUUUAUUGUUAUUAGGGUUGUGAGACAUAAAUGUAACAUAAGAUAUUGUUGUAUUUUGAAUAAACUCGAUAAAUU